UGAAGGCAGAGAGUCUGACAGCAGCUCCCAGCUUCAGCACCAGCAUCUGGCAUCACCUCUCCACUCUCUGGGCACUGUGCAAGGACAUGGCCAGCACCAUCCAUGGCGUGGAGCCGGAAACUGGAGGAAACGAGCCUCUUAAAUUCAUCAGCAAAGAAGAGGCGAAGGAAAUGGAGAAGGAGCUUCAUGAGGAAUAUCGAUUCGGGAAGCAGCAGCUGAUCGAGAUGGCGGGCUACAGCUGCGCCAUGGCUAUCACAAAGGCUUAUCCACGGGGGUCUCUCCACAGGAAGCAGCCAACCAUACUGGUGAUUUGUGGCCAGGAGCAGAACGGAGCUAUCGGCCUGGUGUGUGCUAGGCACCUUCGCACAUUCGGAUAUGAACCAACCAUCUAUUACCCCAAACGUUCCUGCAAAUCCAUCUUUUUGGACUUCACGGUUCAGUGUGAGAAGUUGGACAUUCCAUUUCUCUCCUACCUUCCGAAUGAGGUGCAGCUGAUAAAUGAUGCCUACAACCUGAUCAUAGAUGCAGUGCUGGGGCUCUCAGAUGAGGUGGGCCUGAAGGAGCUGUAUUUCAAUAUCCUGACUACAAUGAAACAUGUGAAAAUACCUGUAAUCAGCAUUGAUGUCCCCUCAGGCUGGGACGCAGAGAACGGGAAAGGCGAUGGCAUCAGUCCUGAGGUCCUCAUUUCCCUGGCUGCACCGAAGAAAUGUGCCACCCAGUUUUCUGGCAAAUACCAUUUUCUAGCUGGUCGUUACUUGCCCUAUGACCUACAGAAGAAAUAUGACCUCAACCUCCCAGAUUACCCUGGAACUGACUGCAUAGUACAACUUUAAGGGGUUACAUUAAAAUGACAGACGUAAACCAAGAGAGGACUGACCCUAACUAGAAUCUCACUUGGAUAAGCGUUCUGUCCACUCCUGCAGUGGGAGAUGCACUCUCCAGAAAUCCUACAAGUAGCUCAUCAAGUUCCUUAAAGCCCCAGAAUUUGCAUCUCCUCAGGGAGGGAGGGUGUUCUAGAUCAGAACAGUUCCAUUUUGUUUAGAUUAUCUGGUCUAAGUUGUGUGUUGCAAUUUGUAAUGUUUUAUUUUUAACUUUUAUCAAAGCUCUUUUUAUGGCAGAGAAUGACCUUUAUGUAAUUUCAAGAAACAGUGAACUUUUGGCUAGGCCAAAGCUUGGUGUAUUCCUUUGUGACACUUUUGACCGUGCAGUUUACAGCUUCUAAUGGUUAUGUUGCAGGAGACCAGAGCAUUUCCUGUAUCUGUAGCCUUUCUAUAAUCCUAGGUACAAACAAGAGAAAAUCUGCAGAUGCUGGAAAUCCGAGCAACACACACAAGACGGUAGAGGAACUCAGCAGGCCAGGCAGCAUUUUGUGUGUGUUGCCAUAAUCCUAGGUUUAAUUCUGUUUAAUUCUGGAGGUGGAAGUGGGAAUGAUAUUGCAGACAUUGGGAAUGUUCCUACUUUGAUCUGCUUUUUACAAGGACCUUGACCGUGGUAACACUAAGCAGUGUGAAGGUAGUGAGCGGAUGGGAGUCCCAUUCCUGAGCCCUCACAAAUCUCCACCCCGCUCCUUAUCAGCCAUCUGAUGGCAAUGCCAUACAGGGUAGUAUUAGUUGACAAUAGUAGUCACUAUAGUUGGCCAAGUCUCCCAGUUUCUACUGACUCACAGGAAGGAGCCAAAAGAAAAAAGGGUCACUUGGGUUUAUGAACUUUCCUCUGGACUGGUGAUCAGAUAGGAAUGGUACAAAACUUUGGGGAAGCUAUGGAAAAGAACUUCGAUUGCAUUAUGAUCAAAAUCUCCCCAAAGCAUUAGUGAACACCAGUGUUAAUGUGAUCUUACAUGACAUGAUUGUUUUUGCACUGGGUUGAAUAGGGAUUUUGGUACAUGUCUGGUUACAGAGGAAAGAUAGAUAUGGAGGAGAGGGAAACAAAAGGGAGGAUGUACAAACUCAGCAGUAAUUCAGUGGAAAUGGGAAAAGAAGAAAAACUGGAUAAAUGGAGGCAACCAGGCUUCCCAAACUUCUCCAGGACUCAACAUUUAUCAACAAGAUCUUACUAGGCUUCAAUAAUAUUAGUGAGAGAAGCCACCAGAGGCAAAGAGGAUAGAUGGAUUGCAAUAGGUUUGGGAAAUGUGAUGACUAAUUUCAGGCCUCAAGAGAUGAAGUCACAAGGAGACAUCACUUUGUCUUUGAGGGAGUUAUGUAUUGAUGAGAUAAGAGGUCAUCAGGUGGUGCAGUGAGCUAAGAACAUGGGUUAGCAGUCAAGCUAAUACAGUUCAUGUGAAAAAAUGAUUUGGCUUUCCUCCUUUAGAAUGAAGCCCCAAAAAUAUGUCAUCCCAGUGAUCAAAGAAGGGGUCAAUUUCUGUCUUGAUAAUGAAAUGAAGGUCAUAGUGAAUGAUACCUGGGAUAGGCCAGAUGGCCAAUGUAUACAGGAGGGCCAAGAUCUUACUGAAUGGUGGAGAAGUCUUGAGGAACUGUAUGGUCAACCCUCGCUAGUGCUCACUAAUUUUCUAGCCUUCUCUGAUUCAGGAUUCCCUAGUCAGUGGUCUGUCAGCACUUAAACAACACAGACAGGUUAUUAUUAUAAAAAAAGUUGCAUCCCUGAAAUUUCAGCUUCUGGGCUGAUACUGCCUGACCCAGUACAAUUUCUGCUCCCUUUUCAGAUCUUUAUUACCUAAGGCUUCUACUGUCUAUUUUGCAAGUUCAUUAUGCUUAGAAUAUGUGCUCACUGUAGAAGUUUAAUAAAUCAUCCCGUAACAUUGCUUCUGAGGAGCUAAGACAUCAGGUGAAGUGGUCCUGGGGGGAAGGAGUAAUUAGUAUGGGGAUAUACAGAUAUAAUUAGAUCCCCUAUUUAUCUGGACUUUAAAUUUCAGAUUUUGCAUUAUAAAAUUCUGAGUUUCACAUUAAUAAUGGCAACAGUGCACGUAAACAUGACAAACUGUGAUUACUCACUCUUGCUAGUGUUGGUGCUGGGAUUCUAGCCUGAUAAGUUAAUAAAUGUGAGCUCAGGAUUUCAUACUGCAGAAGAAAGGGUUUUUAAUAUAUUGCAUAUAUAAAUAUAUAUUGAUGGAUUAUAAUAUAUGGUUUAGUUUUUUUGCACUUUUGAUGGUGUUUUUUGAAGCUGGGUGGUUUAUUCAGUAGUUGUAGUCAUUGGGUAUAAGACAUAGGCACAACAUUCCAUCUCUCUUACGCUACUAAUAAACUAGCUUAUGUGAGACAAGGUUCACAUUCCAGUUUGCAGUAGGAGCAGGGCUGUUCUCAUUGGAAGCUCACUUCGUGCACAUAAUCCAAAAUACUUUAUUGAUGUGACAGGGUAGAGAGAGCCUAAUUUGAUAUCUGAGCCAUCUUUGACAAUCUUUGCUCUGUGUCUAACCUGUGGUGCCCUUACCCUGGGACUGAUUGAUGUAACAGUGUAGAAGAAGCUUUAUUUUGUAUCUAACAUGGGAAUGAUUGGGGAAAAACAGUGUAGAGGGAGUUUUACUCUGUAAUUCCUUAAUAGGUUCACUCUGUCAGGAUCUGUUGUUAUUUUGCUAAAAAUGUGAGUAAAUGUUCUCUCUCAAUGACUAAUAAGAUCAAAUUCCAAAUAUAAAAUUCUAGGCCUGGUUGAUCUUCAUAUCUCUAUUGAUCUGCUCAAUCCCAAAUGUGACCUAUUUAUUGUUGUCAGCAAGAAAUAUUUAAUGAGCUUUAUCUGUCACAGUCACAGAGGUAACAAAUCAACUGAUUCCACGCUACACACUUAUGCGGUAUCUCUCUACUGUUAUCAUCACCUACUUAGCAUUCAUGAACUGUCGUUAAUCUCCGAUGCCUAAAUUUUAGGGACUGUCUGUAAACUCUGCCCAGCUCUGAACAGACGCUCCAUUGUGGAUAAGGGAAGAAAAUUUUAAUGUUCUUGCUUUGCCAGAUCCUGGAUUGUUGUCGACUCAUUGAGGCUUGUAAUAAAUAACAGUC